AUGAUCAUUCCGGUGUUGUUCUUGUUUUUCUUGUCACCCACACAAUCAGCAAUCUAUAAUUUUACUCAUUUUGAAAGUGAAAAUCCAUUAUUAUCCCCAAAAGAACCAAGGGUGAGCCAAAUAGUAAACUAUGCCGACGGCACUGUGGUUUUACGAACAUUUCGAAGAAAUAAUACAGCAACAGAAUUAUCAAAAGAAAAAUAUCCCUUCCUUGUUUCAACCGGUUACGAAUUUGUAUGUUCAGAUCCACUUUUAUCAUUACGUAUAAUUUAUCCAAAUGGGAGUUUAUCAGAAGUAGACGUUGAUAUUGGAUCAAUAGAAUUGAAUUACUGUGCAUUUAAAUUUAAAGAAUUAGGAACAAAUCUAUUUCCUAUACAGUUUUUUGCCAUAACAGAUGGAUAUUUAUUAGUUACAUAUACAAAUGCAACGGAUGAAACCAUGCAAGAGACAUAUGAAGAAUGGGCAAUGGUUUUAGAUCUAACAGGAAAAGAUUAUAGUAAACUUUACCUUGCUUCGGCGUAUUUUCAUCCUAUCACGGGCGUUUGGAGGCCGAAUUACGCUUGGUUCAUUGUUAAUAUAAAUCCUUCUAAAGGAUUUCUUCGUUAUGGUCCACAAAGUCUUUCAACUAACCUUACAUGGCAACAAUAUCAUGUGAAUGGAUCGGGCAUAUUGAAAAAAUUAUCCGAAGACUUUAUCCCAAUCACAAACAAUUUUUCUACCGCUCAGAUCUCUGCUUUAUCAACUAAUGAUGAGGGUUAUGCCAUAAUAUAUGCCAACACGUCAUCUGAUGCAUCCGUUACGAUGGAAGACACAACAAAUGAUCCAUUUAAACCAUAUGGUGAAAUUUUUGCCGUAUUUCUAUCUUAUGAACAAAAGGAAACGCCGCAUCCUGUUGUACUUUAUCAAACGCAAAUAAGAUACAUACGGUUUACUUCAUUAAGUUGUGACAUUGCUUGUGUCGGUGUAGGUCAUGUAUGUUUACUCACCGUAAAUAUUACUGAUUUAGGUGAAAGAUUUUACGUUAAAAUCAGCUUUUUAUCUACGGGUACGGUAACUGGAUUUGAUACGAUUAAUAGUAUUACUACUCAAAAUGUUACCAUCCCAGAGUUAAACAUUAGACCUUUGCCUUAUGGUGGUUAUUUUAUGAGUGGCUUCGCAAAACAAGAUGGUGCUGUCUUGUUAUACGGGUAUUUAUAUGAUGUUCAUGGUAAAGUUUACUUUGGGAAUUUACCUGAAUCUUUUCCAACAAAUCUAUUUGGGUCCACCACUAUUUUAAAGAACAAUACCUUAGUAAUUGCUCAAAAAGAAAGUAUUGGUGUUUGGUCUUUAAUUCUCGUUGAUAUCAUUAGAUUCGAAUCCGAUCGUGAUCACGGAUACGAAAAUUUCAAAAUCGAUUCAACGAUUCCACAAAUUUCCGAAACGAUCAAAUCAACUCAAGAUCAUGUUCGAAUCAAUUUCUUUGAUUCUAUCACUUUAUCUUCAGGAUAUGUUACAAUAUAUAAAUUGGAAGAAUCUGACAAAAAAUUAAGACAAAGAACAGAAGGACUUAAUAAUGAUUUUGUUUCACUUGUUAAUGCUCAAAGUGUUAAGAUAAAUAUCAUUACAUCUACGUUCAAUCGUCCCGGUAAUUAUACCGUUGAAGUGGAUAAUAAUUUUAUUAAAAGUAAAGCUUUCAACGAACCAUUAAAUGGCGUGAGACAAGCCAUACAACGUAUUCGUGAUGAAGAUAACUUCUAUAAUUCUCACAAUACUGAUGAUGAUGAUUUAGGUGUUACUGAUGUCAGUAAAAACGCUAAUUUGCAAUUUAAACCCGAACAUCACCAUGAUCGUGGAGGUAAGUCAUUGAAUCUGGAAAAAACUAAAAGUGGAAAAGUUGAACCGGAACCUGUAAUAGAUUCUCAACAAGUCAAUUCGAACGAUGAAGGAUUGCUUAAACAAACGACAUCUAAGAGUAAUUUUCAAGAAAUGAUUCAAUAG